AUCUUACUGGCCGUGGUUGAUGCUGGUCAAUUUGGAUCAUGUUCACCCCUGAAUCAAUUCAUUCACGAUGCCGCCGUACGUGAAUCGGGGACGCAUCGGUUGCUGGACUUGCAGGAUCCGUCACCGGAAGUGCGACGAGCUGUUUCCCACCUGCAAGGAGUGCAGCAGUCGUGGGAUUCCGUGUUAUGGCUACGAGUCUAAACCACCAGCCUGGAUGAAUGAUCCCCGAAGGCUCGAUUCAGAGUUGCAGAACAUCAAACGCACCGUCAAGGAGAAUUUCCGGCGCAUUCGACGACUUCAAAACCGAUCAUCUCCGCCUCAUGUCGCUCCCACAUCGCGUGUGAGCGAGGCUAGAGUAUCGCAGACACCAACAGUUGACCCUGAACCGGCCUUGGAACGAGUGGAACCAGCCCCGUCCGAAAACACGAGCUUUAGGGAAGCGCAGCAUAUUGUUCACUACCUAGACUACAUCUUCCCACUCCAAUAUCCCUAUUAUGUGGACGAUCCGGAUCUUGGAGGACGAGGGUGGCUGUUCUGGCUUCUCACCAAGAGUGCUCCCCUGCGCCAGGCUGCGCUUACGCUGUCCGCGCUGCAUCAGCAUAUUGUGUCGCAUUACCGAGCCGAAAGCCAAGAGUCAGAGCUGAUUCAAUAUCACACAAAGGCAUUGCAGGAACUCCGCCAGGUCUUGUCCCGGCGUGAAGUUGAGGGAUUUGCAAGCAACCGGGAGGAGUGGGUAGAAUUUAUGGCGGGAGGGCUAGCUUUAAUCAGCUUCCAAGUAUUCCAGGGGGGAACAAGCAACUGGGAGCCGCAUGUCAGUGCUCUAGGCUCGAUUUUGGCCGAACCAACGCCUUCCGAACUCCAACUCCAGCCAGCGGAAUUAAAGGGAGCAGACUCUGAGCUAGUUGGUGGAAUAGCCAUUGCCCAGAGAUUUCAGGUAGCAAAUUUGCUUUGGUUUGACAUUUUAGCCUGCACGUCGACAGGCUCUCAACCUAGGACACCGUAUCGUCAAUGGCUCAAUGUCCAGGAAGUGGACAUGUCGCGGGUGAUGGGAUGUCAAAAUUGGAUGAUGAUUAUAAUAGGUGAUAUUGCAAGCCUGGGCGCUGAGGGGAAUUCCUACGAACCUGAAGCACUUCAUUCCAACAUCGAGGCCCUAGAAGCCAGGAUUCACUAUGGCCUUGAUGCGCUGGAUUUGGAACCAGAGACUAUAUCAACACGAAAGUCUCGCUUGGUAACACGAAUCUUCGCCACUACAGCUCUCGUGCAACUAUACACCAUCCCCGGAGCCUCAGAUAUAAUCACAACAGACCAAGAUGAUGCAAUAGCGAAAGUCAUCGAUGCUAUUGAAAACUUACCAAAGGAUGUGUCAUUGCGAGGCUUGACGUGGUCGAUGUGUGUCGUCGGGUGUCUCGCUAGACCACAUCAACAACCAUUUUUCGAGAAUAUACUUGAGGGAAUUCUCACACAAUCGGACUCGGCCUUUAGCAACUGUAAGACUGUGCUACGGAUCAUACAACACUGCUGGAAUCGACACAGGGAUUCACUUUGGACCCCCAGACUUGCCAUGGUCGAUAUGGGCAUCUGUGCUCUCUUAGUUUGACGAUUCCCCUAGUAGAAGGUUCAAGGCCAGGAAAUAAACUACAAAAUAUUUGAUCCCUUGGCGUUUAAUGAACGCUGUCAUUUGACAGUACUCAGGAUAUUCGUUCAUCCAAGAAUUUGUUGGCUUGCCACGCUCCGAGGGAGGAAUGUCGAACCGGCAACAGCCAGGGAGGGAAUGUCGAACCGAACGGCCGGAAAGGGAAGGUAAAAACCGCGGUUGGCGCUCGGUUCAAUGAAGGAUUUGUUGGCAUUAUGGACUGCCAAUAGAAGAACCGGAAUAACGUAAUGUCGAG